GGGGUUCCAAAAAAUACUUUUAGAAAACAUUCCAUUCAAAAUUUCGUAUCUGCCCAACACAAACGAUAUCAUCACAAUCACAACCCCUGGGGUACGUUUGGUGCCAUUGUAAAAGGCAGCCGGAUGCAUGGAUUGCCAACCAUGCCGAUCGCAACAGCCACGAGUUCUACCGUUGCCUGUAUUUUUGGUCUGUGCCAAGAGUUUUUCGCGAAGCUCGUUCUGGAAGUCUUCGGUGCAGGGGGCGCAGUCUGGGGGUUCAGUGAGGUUUGCGGAUUCCGAACCGAAUCGGUCGAAUCCACGAGAUUUUGGAGGAAACUUUCCCUGGCUACUGCGGUGGUUUUUGGAGUCCGGUGGUCUCAACAACUGAGGAGGGCCUGGACGCUUUGCACGAAAGCAAGAACAAGAUCAGAUCGAAGCAGUGACAUCAACGACAACGACGACACGAACAUUUUGUUGCGCGAAACCUCACCCAUCGCGAUCCAAUUCAACACGCAAGUAUACAACACCAGUAAAGAACACCAAGACUUUCUGAUGAAGGAAGAAUUCUCGGAUGAAUCGACGGCAUUGUCGUCUUUUUCUCGCUCCCCCCCAGCAUAAGUAAGGUUGUGGAAGGAUCGGAACAACUUGCCAUGGAUGUGAGGCGCGCCGAAACUCGGUUUUGCGCUUAACAGACAGCUUUAUUUAGUGCAGCAGACGAUGUAACAGUAGCAUGCUCUUUGUAAUAUUUCUGAAAGACAUUCCCGUUUUUCUCGGCAAUCCCAUAGUAGCAGGGUAGUUCUUUGAAACCAGUUCAUGACCUACAUCUGGGUGACUGUGAAAAGAUAUUGCGGUUGGUUGUCAUUGCAUGUCAUUUCAAAUCAUUGAAAAACAACGCUAACACAAAUGAACCAGAAGAAAACUGUUUUAUAUUUAUUGGGCAAUCGAUUUUUUUAGACGGCAUUUUCUUUCAACUCGGCCGUAGGAAGUACUUGCGAUUCAUAAAUCACCGAAUUUACUACGAAACACUAUUCACAAUCGAGGUUCCAAAACAAAAAGACGGGCUUCAGUAUCAUGCACAUGGUUUAUUAUUAUACCUGCACCAUGUGGUAACAUAUUCGUAGGGGGGAUGCGCAGCGAGGGAAUGUGGUUGUUUUUUUCUGUCUCUGCAAUUCACGGUGCAGUAAAACUAUGUUGUGUGU